UCCACACUGCUUUGGCUGCCAUGAACCGAAGGAAAAUUACUAGUAGAGGGACCUCCGCUGCCAUGAAAAUUAGUCAUCAACCUCCGAGGCUUCUCAUUGUGCAUAUUGCCGUACCUUCCUGGGUUGACAUCUGCCCCAACCUCUGUGAGGCCUUGCAGAACUUCUUCUCCAUAGCCUGCAGUUUGACGGGCCCCAGCCGGAUGUCUCUGUUCAGCUUAUACACAGUACAGAACCAGCAUGAGUGUGUCCUCCCAUUUGUGCAAGUGAGAGGGAACUUCAUUAGGCUGCAGGCCUGCAUCUCGGAGCUUCGAAUGUUACAGGUAGAAGGUUGUCACAGACCACCUCACGCCUUACUACCCCUAGCAGUAGAGGAUGGGCUCCAGCAGUUCAAACAGUACAGCAGUCACAUGGCCUCAAGCGCUGCUCAGCCCUGGACUUCCCUGGAGAUUACUGUCCUGACUUCUCGGCCUGGAAAAGAAGUGGUCAAAGAACUGGAGGAAGGGUUGAAAGAUAUAAACCUACUUAGUGUCAGAAGACUGCAGGUGGUUGAGGUCACAAAAGGCAUCCAAGAGCCUUCAGACUCACCAUCUCCUACUGAAGAACCCAGCGAUGAUGAGAGUUCUAUCCUGGAAGCUGACAUUGUCCUGGAGACGCUAGACAACGAUGUUGUCAGCAUGGAGGUCUUCUUCAAAGCCUGGCUGCAUAACAGUGAAACCGACCAAGAAAACAUCCACCUUCUUCUUACUCCACAGAGUCUUCAUCCUCCUUCCCGAGCCAAGGAUCAUCCAAUAUGUCUAAAAUGUGAUCUCCAAGAGCGAUUUCUCAGCCCAUCCCUGCUUCCUGGUACAGCUGAUGGCAUGUCGAGAAUAGAUGACCCCAAAGGAGAUAUCAGCACACUCUACCAGAUGGCAUCCCUGUCUUCAGACUCUCCGUAUAAGCUUCAAGUGGUCAAGGCUCUGAAAUCUAGUGGGAUCUGCGAGUCCCUGACCUAUGGACUGCCCUUCAUUCUCAGACCCACAAGCUGUUGGCAGCUGGACUGGGAUGAACUGGAAACAAAUCAACAACAUUUUCAUGCCCUGUGUCACUGCUUGCUGAAGAGAGACUGGCUGCUGUUGGCCAGAGGGGAACCCCUGACCCCCAAACACAACCAGAGUCUCCCUGCCUGCAGCUUCUAUGUGAUCACACCUUCUCACUCUCUCACACUGCUGGUGAAGCUGGUGGCCACCAGGGAGUUGAUGCUGCCUGGCUUCUUCCCCCUGCUCUCUGAGGACCCACCUGAAGACAGCCUAAAGAUCAUAGAGAGCACCCUAGACAGCCUGGACCUGGGGCUCACCUACAACCCUCUGCAUGUUGGGAGCCACUUGUACUCACAUCUGAGCAGCACCCAUGCCAAGCCUCAGGGACGGCUCUACACAAGCUGCGCAAGCCGGGGCCUUAGAAAGGGGGGUCAGCUGCAGACCAACAGAGUUCGAGCCCCAGUGGUUCCCCUCCCAGUGGCUCCUGCCCCACGUAGAGCUCUGAAGAUGACAGCAGCCAGCAAAGCAUCCUCAGCAGCCUUCCUGCCUUCGGAUUUGGAGGAGGAGGAGGAGGAGUGUCCUUCUCACACCUAAGUCCCCGGUGCCAGCACACAGCCAUGCACUCACCCGAUGGCUGUCUGGGGGCAGAUCUGCCUGCUCUCAACCUGUGCCUGUAAAUGAGCUCCGGCUAAGAAACAGCUCUUCCUCUUCUGAUGCUGCCCAAUGGGGGAGAGGGACCCUGAAAGCAACACCUCCAGGCCUGUCUUUUGUCCAGCAGGGACUCUCUCUUGGAUCAUUUGAUAGUGUUUGCACACAUAAUUAAAUGCCCAGUAAGCCUCCUUCAUUGUUCAGAGCAUUCCUGGGCCAGAAUUUCUUCCUGCAGCUCUGUGUAAGAAGGUGGGUGAGGUCAAGUCACCCAUGGGAAACUACAACUCAAGAAUAAAGAGGAGGUUUUCACAAAACAAG